GGGUGGAUGAACGCGGUUUUCUGUAAUGGCGGAGCGUGGCGGGGACGGGGCCGACGGUGAGCGAUUCAACCCAGGGGAGCUCAGGAUGGCUCAACAGCAGGCCUUGAGGUUUCGAGGCCCAGCUCCCCCACCAAAUGCAGUGAUGCGAGGCCCACCACCUCUCAUGAGACCUCCUCCUCCGUUUGGCAUGAUGCGAGGCCCUCCCCCACCGCCGCGGCCCCCCUUUGGACGUCCUCCUUUUGAUCCUAACAUGCCGCCAAUGCCUCCUCCGGGAGGGAUUCCUCCACCCAUGGGCCCACCACACCUUCAGAGACCACCUUUCAUGCCUCCACCCAUGGGAACCAUGCCUCCUCCUCCGGGCAUGAUGUUUCCACCCGGAAUGCCGCCUGUGACUGCUCCUGGUACUCCAGCUCUGCCUCCGACUGAAGAGAUAUGGGUGGAAAACAAAACUCCAGAUGGGAAGGUUUAUUAUUAUAAUGCUCGGACACGUGAAUCUGCAUGGAGCAAGCCAGAUGGAGUUAAGGUUAUUCAGCAGUCAGAACUGACACCUAUGCUUGCAGCCCAGGCACAGGUUCAGGCCCAGGCCCAGGCCCAGGCUCAGGCUCAGGCCCAGGCUCAGGCUCAGGCCCAGGCCCAGGCACAGGCACAGGCUCAGGCACAGGCCCAGGCCCAGGCCCAGGCUCAGGCUCAGGCUCAGGCACAGGCUCAGGCACAGGCCCAGGCGCAAGUGCAGGUGCAAGCACAAGCAGUAGGAGCUUCCACCCCUACAACCAGUAGCCCAGCACCUGCAGUAUCCACUUCAGCAUCAUCAUCCACCCCAUCCUCUACCACUUCUACCACGACAACUGCCUCUUCGGUUUCGCAGACAGUAUCAACACCCACAACACAAGAUCAGACUCCAAGUUCUGCUGUUUCAGUUGCCACGCCUACAGUUAGUGUUUCAACUCCUGCUCCUACAGCCACACCUGUGCAAACCGUUCCCCAGCCGCACCCCCAGACGUUACCUCCGGCUGUCCCUCAUUCGGUGCCUCAGCCAGCGGCAGCAAUACCUGCGUUUCCACCAGUAAUGGUACCUCCGUUUCGUGUUCCUCUUCCUGGCAUGCCAAUUCCACUUCCAGGUGUAGCAAUGAUGCAAAUAGUCAGCUGCCCGUAUGUAAAGACAGUCGCUACCACCAAGACCGGUGUAUUGCCAGGAAUGGCCCCUCCUAUUGUACCCAUGAUACAUCCCCAGGUUGCUAUCGCAGCUUCACCUGCUACCUUAGCUGGAGCAACAGCAGUGUCUGAGUGGACCGAAUAUAAAACCGCAGAUGGGAAAACAUAUUAUUAUAAUAAUAGAACAUUAGAAUCAACCUGGGAAAAACCCCAAGAACUAAAGGAAAAAGAAAAAUUAGAAGAGAAGAUUAAAGAGCCAAUGAAAGAACCUUCUGAAGAACCUUUGCCAAUGGAGACAGAGGAGGAGGAUCCUAAAGAAGAGCCAAUGAAGGAGAUCAAGGAGGAGCCCAAAGAAGAGGAGAUGACUGAAGAAGAAAAGGCCGCGCAGAAGGCCAAACCAGUAGCUACUACCCCUAUUCCUGGCACGCCAUGGUGUGUCGUGUGGACUGGCGACGAGCGGGUCUUCUUCUAUAACCCGACCACCCGGCUUUCCAUGUGGGACCGGCCUGACGACCUCAUUGGAAGGGCAGAUGUUGACAAAAUUAUUCAGGAGCCCCCUCACAAAAGAGGAAUGGAAGAAAUGAGGAAGCUAAGGCACCCAACCCCAACGAUGCUGUCCAUCCAAAAGUGGCAGUUCUCUAUGAGUGCAAUUAAAGAAGAACAUGAAUUAAUGGAAGAACUUAAUGAAGAUGAACCGGUUAAAGCCAAAAAACGGAAGCGAGACGAUAAUAAAGACAUUGAUUCAGACAAAGAAGCUGCAAUGGAAGCUGAAAUUAAAGCUGCCCGAGAAAGGGCCAUUGUCCCUCUGGAGGCCCGAAUGAAGCAGUUCAAGGACAUGCUGCUAGAGAGAGGGGUGUCCGCAUUUUCAACAUGGGAGAAGGAGUUGCACAAGAUAGUUUUUGAUCCUCGAUACUUACUUCUUAACCCUAAAGAGAGAAAACAGGUAUUUGAUCAGUAUGUAAAGACCAGGGCAGAGGAAGAACGUAGGGAAAAGAAAAACAAAAUUAUGCAAGCCAAGGAAGAUUUCAAAAAAAUGAUGGAAGAAGCAAAAUUUAAUCCAAGAGCUACUUUUAGUGAAUUUGCAGCCAAGCAUGCUAAAGACUCGAGAUUCAAAGCAAUUGAAAAGAUGAAAGAUCGAGAAGCCUUGUUUAAUGAAUUUGUGGCAGCUGCACGGAAGAAAGAGAAAGAAGAUUCGAAGACCAGAGGUGAGAAGAUUAAAUCAGAUUUCUUUGAACUAUUAUCUAAUCAUCACCUGGAUAGUCAGUCUCGAUGGAGCAAAGUAAAAGACAAAGUAGAAAGUGAUCCAAGGUACAAAGCAGUGGAUAGUUCAUCAAUGAGAGAAGACCUUUUCAAACAGUACAUCGAAAAAAUAGCCAAGAAUUUAGAUUCAGAAAAAGAAAAGGAGCUUGAAAGACAAGCCCGCAUUGAGGCCAGCCUUCGAGAACGAGAAAGAGAGGUUCAGAAGGCUCGAUCAGAACAGACGAAAGAAAUAGACCGAGAAAGGGAGCAGCACAAGCGGGAAGAAGCAAUCCAGAAUUUCAAAGCCCUUCUGUCUGACAUGGUGCGUUCUUCAGAUGUGUCGUGGUCCGACACGCGGAGGACUCUGCGGAAGGAUCACCGCUGGGAGUCUGGGUCCCUGCUGGAAAGAGAGGAGAAGGAGAAGCUCUUUAACGAGCACAUCGAAGCACUUACCAAAAAGAAGAGGGAGCACUUUAGGCAACUUCUGGACGAGACUUCUGCAAUUACCUUAACAUCCACAUGGAAAGAAGUAAAAAAAAUCAUUAAGGAAGAUCCUCGGUGCAUUAAGUUCUCCUCCAGUGACAGGAAAAAACAAAGGGAGUUUGAAGAAUACAUCAGAGACAAGUACAUCACUGCCAAAGCCGACUUCAGGACGCUUUUGAAAGAGACCAAAUUUAUAACAUAUAGAUCCAAAAAGCUCAUCCAGGAAUCUGAUCAGCACCUGAAAGACGUAGAGAAAAUUUUGCAGAACGACAAACGGUAUCUGGUACUAGACUGUGUGCCAGAGGAGAGGCGGAAACUGAUCGUGGCCUACGUGGAUGACCUCGACCGCCGGGGCCCUCCCCCGCCUCCCACUGCGUCCGAGCCCACCAGACGGUCAACGAAAUAAUUCUGCACACUCUGCCACAGGGGUAUCUAUUCAUUCAAAAUGCUUGCAUGAGCCAACUUUCAGGUUUUUACAUGUAUGUGCAUUAGUCAAACUAUUGCAAAACCAUCUGCUGAACAGGAGGAGGAGCAUUCGUGAACAGUUGCUGACAGAGAACACUUGGAAAUAUUUAUGCUUUUCUUUGUGUGGCAUGACUGACAUACAUACUCAAAUGUAGGCUGUCUCUAGUAAGUCUCCAAUCUUGAAGCUAAAAAUCAUCCUUUUAUGAGGUGUGGAAGUCAGUGACUUUUGGUGACAUUCUUUCUAGCAGUGUUAUACAUUGAAGACAUAGGAGCAUUUGUGGUUUGAACUUGCAAGAUACAAAUAUACCACAGACUCCAAGAAAACCUAAGUUGGGGUUUGGUUUGUUUUGAUUUUGUUUUUUAAAGCGGGUAAAAGAGAAAACACUGAAAAUUGAAUUCUUUUCUUCCAGAGGUUAAGAUUAUUAUAAUGGACAUACUUUUACCUUUGUCUGUAAAGAACACUUUAGUUUUAUUUGUUCACUUACGUGCUUUGAUUAUCCCCUCUGAAUUGUAGGCCAAGUCUUGUUUAGCAUAAGAGAAGAUUUAUUUAGUAAUUUCUUCUCAGGUGUGGAACCACAGUCAUAAUUUAACAUGUUGGCCAGAAGAGAGAACUGCUGGUUAAACAUGCUCACUGUUCAGUGAUCUCUAUCAAUAUUCUGGAUUAGACAGCAGAUUACCUUUCUGGGUGUUCCCUGUAAACUAUACUCCUGUUUGAAUGUUAAACUUUUGUUUCUAAAGUUUAAUUUUAAGAUGUUUGAAUGUUCAGUUUAUGUAUUUGAACUACAAUAAACCAACCCUUUUUAUAUA